CUGUGUUGUUUGGUUUCGCGCUCGCAUGGCCAACCCCUGAUUGCAGCCAUCGAUUGCCAGCAGGCUCUCUAUGGGAUGUUCGCAAAGCGGCGCACAUCAACCGGCAGACAAGAGGAAGGAGGUCCCGACAGAGGACCUGGUCCAACUGGUUCAUUUCGCUAGCUGGAUGCUACAUGAAGGCUACACGCGAGAUCUCGUCUUCGUGUUGCUGCUCAUUGCAGGUGCUCGAAACACCAUCAGCUCCGCCCUGAUGACUCGCUUCGGGAACGCCUUCCGCCAAGCGCGGGACGAGGUUGCGCCAACGGUCAAGGAUGUCGCGCUGGAAGGGGAUGGUUCUCAUCCAGACGUCCAACGUUUUGAGGCGUUCAGGGACAUGGCACAGAGUCAGCUGCUACGCACCUGGCGGAAGUACCGGAAAGCGGGCGGAGAAAAGAACUUCCACCGGCUGCGGGUAGAACAGCCCAAGAGCAGGGCACAAUCCAGGGAGUUCAAGGAUAAGGAGCUUCAAAAGAUGAGGUCAAGUGCCAGCGUGGUGGAAUCCAUUCUGGGACGAGAUGGGCAUGAAUUCUCGGAUGUUGAGGGCAUUACAGUCGACGAGGAGAGCGUGAUUUGCAGCUUCGAAGAGGCGCAUACUCCCGCUGAGCGUGUCAUUACUUCCCUGCCAAUCAUAAUUCAAGUUGUGCACAACGUAGAGGUUUCACUUUCAUCAGUUCUGUCAGCUACAGAGGAUCUACUGGGAACGGAGCCCUUGCAUCUUCCUGGUGAAGUUGAGCGCUGCCAGUAUUGUAUCCCUGCUGGCGGCUGCGCGUAUUCCACAGAAAGCCCGGGCUCUGUAUGUCUUCCGUUCCAGGCAUACGGCGUCCGGCUGCUGGAUGGGAUGUGUCGAGGAAAGCCCGGAGCGACACCAGACGUGUUGAAAGAUGAGCUGGGAGAUCCGGCCAAGCCGAUCAAAGUUCUCAGCACCAAUAGCAAGUCUGGGGAGAUGUUCUUUAUCUCCCACUCCGGGAAGUUCAUUGUGAAGAGCAUUUCCGAUGCAGAGGGCAAAGGCUUAGAGGGAAUCCUUCCAAGCUACGUGAAUCACCUUGCUGGCGCGGAGGGCUCCAUUCUGGGCCUUUACGUGGGCUUGUACCGCAUAGAUAUGGGCUUUGGGCUGGGCCAGCGGUACUUCACGAUUAUGCGCUCGGUGUUUGAUUCGCCAGUGCAGAUGAGCACCAUGUAUGACCUGAAAGGGUCCACUCACAAUAGAAAGGUGAAGGACCCGAAAGAAAGGGUGCGAAAGGACGAAGAUUGGAUCUCGGACGCGUGCCGCGUGAAGGUGUCCGCUCAAGAUGCCGAGCGGCUGGAGAGGAUGCACAAGAGGGAUACAGCCUUUCUCAGUGAGUUCUCAAUCAUCGACUUCUCCGUGCUCAUAGGCGUUGCAAAGAUCGAGGACGAGAGCGAGAUUCCUGCGCAUGCCUGGCGGAGUAUGGAGGACACUUCCCAGUGCUAUUUCAUCGGCAUUGUGGACGUGCUGAUCGAGUAUGGCCUGCGCAAGCGCCUGGAGCAUUUGUUGCACACCGUGAAGGGUGUGGGGCACAAAGCCAGCGUCACUGACCCGGUCAGCUACGCCAAGCGGCAGCGCAAGUUCUUCCGGGACCAUGUCCUUCCCAGAUAUGACGACUACUCGCCGGAGAUGAGCCUUUUCCACGUGAAUGCGGAGAAUGUGAGGAGCCCGGGUCCAGAAUUUUCCCAGGUCGCAGUCCGUCACCGCCACCAUUGACAUGUUCCGCCCCCCGGCGCGCACCGGCUCGGCGCCCGCCACGUCUGAAGUCGAAAGGGCGGAGGCGCUGACCGCGGGGAAGACGUUUUAGAGCUCUGUCCGUCGGCCCGUGCUGCGCUGAUCUCGAUCCUUUUGCCAGAAAGACGCCAUCCCUUUGAAAAGGGGAGGGCGAAUUGCAGGCAAAGGCGUGCAGGACGCUUCGCGCAAUGUGCGCCGAAGCGCCGGGUGUGCGAAACCCGGGCCUUUCUCACCUGACUGAGGCGCGCCUUCCGGAGGGAGGCAAGGUCUUCGAUCCAGCGGGGCGCGCCGCUUUUUUUUUGCCCGUGGACUGAACUCCUUGGUUUGAUGGAUCCUUCCGGUCGAUACCGGCGGGAGCAGCUGCGCUUUUUUUCUUUUCAGUCGACGGGCACCGGCGGGCCACGAGUUUGUCCUAGAGUCCUGGCCAGAGUGCCAGCGGCAGGAGGCUAGAAGCAGGGUUUUCGACAUGGAAUGUAUG